AUGUUCAGAAUGAGCGGGGUACGCGAGCACCCAAACACGUAUUGCCCAACAGCUAUUCGAAACGAAGCAUGGACUUAUCAGCGAAAUAUGUGUCAGCGAAUGCAUCUCGCGCGUCUGAUCUCGGACCAUUCUUCAAAGCUCACGGGUUAUAAGUACGGGGAGAAUGACGUGCGUCGAGAUCCUACGCGUGGUGCUGGUACACAAGGACACAUAUCCGAGCCAGUUACUCUCAAGUUACUCCCAAAGUUUUCGUUAUCUCUUUUGAGAUCUGCCAGAUCACGAAAUAUCGGAGGAAUGCGUGACAAGCAGGCACUAUUUGUCGCUAGGCGGCCAGAGCGCGAGAGGUUGAAAGUUAGAUAUCGGCAGCAACAGAUUUCGCGCAGCCAACUUGGCCAAAAUCAGCCGCAUGCGGUCUCCUCGACGUCCGCAACGCCUCCGGCUCCUCGGAAGGCACAUAUUGAGGUACUCCUCGAAAGUCUCGAGUACCGGGACGCAGAGAUCCGAUUUACGAAUGCUCGUCGACUCUUUUACGUCCUGCAAGGUACCUUUGCCGAGACAACGUCUCCAGAGCAUCAAUUGCACUGGAUCUACGAGAACUGCAAGGUCGUACGAGGCGCCAAUGGAUUGAGCACAAUCGUCGAAUCAAUGAAAAUCGCGAGUCAGAAACAUGAUCUACUUUGCUCGCUCUCAGAUGCGGAUACAGCCCACUUCCAGAUUACCCCUACAGAAAAGGCUGGCUUUCUAAGAAGAGGUCACAACCGAAAUUUGGUUUAUCUCGGCAUGAUGUACCAUCUCAUCGAAAUAUUCAAGGAACGUGAUGACUUCGCAGAUGAAUUAAUGAGCAUGGACCCGCCGUUACCGACGUUCACGCCGCCUCCAGUCCCACCUACGCAAGUUGAUUUACCUCCGAUAAAACCCACGCCUUCCAAAUUAGCACAGGCAUAUUCUCCUAUUCCUGUCCGCCAUCACUAUCACCACGAUGAUGCAGACUCGCAGCACUCCGGUCUCCCUAGUUCGCUGAAUCGUCAGCCUUUCCAAUCACAUGUUCCUAAUCCAGGAUAUCGUCCGGGUCCUCAGCCCGCAACACCUGCACCAUUCCCGCCUCCUUCUCCCAAGCCCAAGAAACAAUUCGGCCCUAACAAUGAUCGCUUUGUACCGUUUGCCAUCGACGAGGCGGACAAGCUAUAUAAUCGGCAUAUGUACGUAAGUCUCUCGCUCUGGCAAAUGUGGAAGACGAGAGAAGAGUGCAUGACUGCCGAGAGCGGGCUUGACUGUAUGACUGGGUCUGAGGGGGAUGCCGAACCACUCCAAAUCACUAACGAGGAUCUUGAGAUUGCAGAGCCAUUGCUAGAUGUCGCACUGCUAGAUGCGAAGAUCACGGAAGCUGUUGCGGCCAUAGGAGACCCCGCUUCCCCCGCCCAAGAGCGCAAGGCGAGGGAAAGAAAGGAAGACUUCAUGCGCCUAAAGAGGAGCGCUGUAUCACCCGUCCUAUCAGGAUGGGCGACUGUAUCCGCUGGGACCGGGCAACAACAAGUUCCUCAGUCGUCAACAUCAUCGGUUUUCCCUCUCGGUGUUGCAUCCCCUCCUGAGCAACCCCCCGCUCCACCACCAACACUCGACGACCUCGAUGUGACCCGGCAUCGCGAAAUUACUUCCAAAGCUGUCUCAGCUAUUUUGUUGCUGACGUUGAAAUGGUUCAAAGCUUCCCAUGUGAUGAAGUUCCAUCAUAUUGGCCAGCUUCUAUUGGACACCAAUUGCUUGCUGCUGAUUUUGAAGAUGUUUGGUUUGCAAGAAGUGUCGUCAUCUGUCGUGUCGAAAGCUGAUUCUCACGACCACAACUUCUUCCGGUAUUGCCAGAUACAUCACGCAAAGAUCGCUCCACGUCCGCAGGAUGACAACCCUCUUGCUGGUGCCCACGUUGUGCUACAGACAAAAGUUCUUCCGAAUGGCCAAAAGCACGAAGAAGAAGUCGAAAUGCUGACUGAGUUCUCAUGGCGCAACUUUUUUUCCACAAUUAAUUUUGCCAAGAUUAUGCAAAAGUUGUCCAAGAGCCGGUCACAUCGCAUAUGGAUGCUUGUGCAAUGCAAGAGCUCGGCGGUGUUGAAACGCGUGCUACGAGUUUCGCAUCCUUUGCUUCAACUCCAUGUUCUGAAACUCAUCAAGAGUCAAGUACCCUUUUGUGGGAGGAAGUGGCGGCAAUGUAUCUGGCACCGAGGUUGAUGAUAUCUCUGACGCUCAGGCAAAAUGAGUCGACGGUGCAGGUCAUAUGGUCAGUUUCAAGCUUCAUUGCACUGCUGACUCAAAGUAACAAAUCUCGCUCGACAAACCCAGAGAAGCACUCGUCAUGGUGCAAUGUUGGUUGGCUGGGAGUGGCUUGUAGGUACUCACACAGAUACGCAUGUAUAUUCGUGGUUACGCCACAAAACGUGGAAGCGGAUGCAAUUUAAUAUGUUGAGUGU